GUGAAACCGAAACCUGAUUUUCCAACAUUUCUGAAAGGAGCUGAGACGGGUGGAGAAUCUUCACUUUAAACACAAACUAGAAGGAUACUAAUCUUUUAUUCUAAACGGACACUGAUUUGGUGAGUCUAGCUGUUAAACGAUCAUUCAAAUAUCUGAGAAAAAGGCUGAGAAGAGCGCUCUUCUUGAAAGUUUCCUGAGCUGUCAUGUGUGUUCAGAGACUUUCAGAGAUCCUGUCUCUGAGCUGCAACCACAGCUUCUGUUCGAGCUGCCUGCAGAAGUUCUGGGAACAGCGUAAGAACAAAAACUGUCCCAUUUGUAAAAGAAAGUUACAACGGACGAACCAGCAGUGAAUUUAACUCUGAAGGAACUGGCUGACUCCUUUGCUGACAGGCAGAAAAAUGGUUCACCUGACAGAAAAAGUAACGGAAGAAGAAGAGGUGGUGUGUGAUGAACAUCCAGAAGUCCCUUAUUGGUUCUGUAAGGAUGAAGAUAGAGCUGUUUGUCCUGUCUGAGUUUUCUCUCCACCAGAGUCACAAGGUGGCACUGUGGAUGCUUCCUGUUCAGACAAUAGGGUUGUGUCCAUUGCUGCCACAGAGAGGGGUGAUAUGGGAUAGUCCAAAACACAAUAGAAACAGAAGCUUUUUUUUACGAAGGAGCUACUGGGCAUCUACUGAGUGUUACUCAGUUAUUGUUUUCCAUCCUUAAAUACUUAGAAUAUUUCACACAUACAAUACAAAUGAGUGUGAUUAGAUCCAUGUAGCUGUGCUGAAUCCAUGACAUCUUAUAGGAACCGGUCUUUAAGUGAUCCACUGCCUUUUUUCAAGAUCCAGAACAUGGCUCGGUCCAGAUGGUGUAUUGAAGUCUGUUGGUACCUCUUUGGGCCACAACCACUCUUUGGGAGUCCUUAGAUGUAACUUCUGUCAGCGAGCUCAGCAGGACAGUGUUGUUGCCCAGGGUUGACCAUCUCUUCCCACAAAGCCUUCCGACAUGGUGGACUGGUGCCUCAAUGUGCAAGGAACAGUAGCAAGAUGCCCUUUAGGUGUCCAGAAUGUGAUGUCAUAUAGGCUGCUCUACAUGCAAAAAAGAUUUCUGCACACUGGUACCCUUUUUGUUUUUUUAGACCCUGACCCUCCUCCACCAGAGGACCUUCUGAUUUAACCGCUCAGCAGUUCUUCCAUCUCCUCAGGAGGAGUCCCCACCAAAUCUCAAUAGUAAUGAUUCCAAAACACAUAUGCAACAACAUGCUGUCUCUGUUGAGACCUGUUGGUCUGUUUGAACUGCUCUUCAUAAAUCAUCCACCACAGGGCAGAGUGUUAGAGUCACUGCUAGUUUCCUCUGUCCCUUCAAAUAACUAGAGUCACAGAAGAUGAGCUGGUUUCAGAUUGAAAAGUGUCUCCUUGUUUGUUCCUAAAGUGUAUGUUACAUGCCAGGCCAUAUUGUAUGUGUGGUGUGUUUUCCUUCCUACUCUUUUCUCUUCUCUCCCUCUCGUCAAUGCAGCUAAUCAGCAGCUGAUCGGUACCUGCUGGUGCACCUGAGACUGAUGGCUGAUUGGAUCCCCUCACCCUCAGCUGGCCAAUCAGCAGGCAGGGCUGAUCAUAAAGGAAGCAACCAGGAAGCUUUCUGUCUCUCUGACCUGGGCCUGCUGCUGACACCAUAGCCUGCAUGAUUCUUUUGUUUGUGUCUGACUCUAGAGAGAAUCGUGUUUCUGUUUACUUUGAAUAUGUGGGAGGUGGAGGCAUUAGUUACCUGGACCAAGUUCACCGUCCUGAACUGAGAAGCCAAAGAACAUUUCCCUCUGAAAGACAUCCUGACACCAUCUGCUGGAUAAUAAAUAACAUGGCAGCAUUUCCUGCUGUUGAUAAUUCACCGUGUGACAGAGGGGAGAGAAAACCAAGGAGGAUUUUGACAUUGUUGAACAGAGCUGAGACGCCAUUACAGGGUGUUGGAUCUCUGCUGGGAAACACCAUUAGGAGUAUAUUAGGGAGAGAAGUGGACGGACUGUAAGUUGGUUUGAAUUAGGAGGUCUGUAACAACAUCCCACCAACAAAGGUUUCAAAUGAGGUUACGAUGAGUGUUGCAGGGAACAGUAGUCCAUGCCUCACCUCAGCCUUACGCAGCUUCAUCCUGACGUCAUUGAAAAGUGCUCUCUUCCUGGCGAUAUCCGCAGUAAUAUCAGGAAAUAUCUUCACUCGCAGACACUCGCUUCACUGACGGUUGUGCAGUGUGUCGAUCAAGGACAAAGUUCACACAGUGGAUUAGAGUGAUAAUCUGCCAGACAUAAUUCCACGAAUAAAUGACAGCAGCAUUUCCUGCUUUUGAUAAUUCACCCUGUGACAGAGGGGUAGAGAACACCAAAGAGGAUUUAGAGACUGUUGAACAGAGAUGAGACACUGUCAGAGGAGGUGAGAUCCCUGCUGAGAAACACACGAUUGGAGGAUUUUAAGCAUUCAAGAAAAAGUGCAGUACCAUGGCAAGUUUUGCUUUUAAAUGAUAAUAGAGUCCGAGACAAAUGGCUGAGAACACUGCUCUUUUUGAAAGUUAUCUGAGCUGUCAUGUGUGUUCAGAGACUUUCAGAGAUCCUGUGUCUCUGAGCUGCAACCACAGCUUCUGUUCGAGCUGCCUGCAGAAAUUCUGGGAACAAAAUAAGAACAAAAACUGUCCCAUUUGUAAAAGAAAGUCUUCCAAAGAUCAUCCUGUUGUGAACUUUGCACUGAAGGAGCUGGCUGACUCCUUUGCUGAGAGACAGAAAGCUGGAUCAUCUGAGACAGAAAAAGGAGAGAAGAAGGUGGAGGUGGUGUGUAGUAAACAUCAAGAAGAGCCUAGAUUAUUCUGUAAGGAUGAAGAUAGAGCUGUGUGUCCUGUCUGUGAGAUUUCUCUCCACCAGAGUCAGGUUCCUGUAGAACAAGCAGUCAGUGAGCUGAAGGACCUGUUGAAAUCUGACUUAGAGUCUCUGCAGGACAAGAAGGACAAAUACAAACGAGUGGAGAAAACAUACAAUGAAGUGAUUCAACUGUCCAAGAAGCAGCUGCUGUCCACAGAGAGGAAGAUCAGAGCAGAGUUCAACCAGCUCCAUCAGUUCCUGAAAGAGGAAGAGGAGUCCAGACUGGCAGCUCUGAGGGAGGAAGAGGAGCAGAAGGGGAAGAUUAUCAGCAGAGAGAUGAAGAGCAUUCAGGAGCACAUCUCCUCUCUGUCACACAGUAUCUCUGCUGUUGAAGAAGAGCUGCAGAAACACAACGUGCCCUUCCUCAGCAGUUAUAAAGCCACUCAGAGCAGAGCCAGAGUCCAGAGCUCACUGUCAGACCCACAGCUGCUCUCAGGAGCGCUGACAGAUGUGGCCAAACACCUGGGCAACCUGUCCUUCAGAGUCUGGGAGAAGAUGAAGGACAAGGUCCACUUCAGUCCUGUCAUUCUGGACCCAAACACUGCAAGCCGCUGGCUCUAUCUGUCUGAUGAUCUGACCAGUGUGAGAAAUGGAGACAAAUCUCAGCAGCUUCCUGAUAAUCCAGAGAGAUUCACUAACACUGCUAAUGUUCUUGGUGCUGAGGGCUUCAGCUCAGGGAAACACAGCUGGGAGUUGGAGGUGGGAGAUCAUCCUGCCUGGAAUAUUGGUUUGACUAAAGAGUCAGUUGACAGGAAGGGAAAGCGAUGUGCCACACCAAAAUAUGGAAUCUGGUGUUUAUCACAUGGCAGUGGAAAAUACACUAAUGGUAUUAGUGAGACUGUCAGAGUGGAGAAGAAUCUCCAGAGGAUCAGAGUCCAGCUGGACUAUGACAGGGGGGAGGUGUCCUUCUACGACCCUGAAGACAUGACUCACAUUUACACUCACGUCAUAGACACUUUCACUGAGAAACUCUUCCCAUAUUUCAGCAUUGGAUCAGCUGGUGAUGCUAAAACUGCUGGUAUCACAAUCUGUCAAACUGAGAUUCCUCUGUGAUGUUCAGGUAGUCAGAGCUGAGUGAUUUAUCAUUUUAAUUAAGCGGUGUUUUUGUCAGUUACAGGUUAUUCCAGUAAGUUUACAGGGGAUGUUUUUUGGGUAAUUUGAAAGUACAACAACAUUUAGAGAUCCAGGUUAAACUUUAAAAAGGUGUAUAAGCAUAAAUGGUCGUCUUGUAGAAACCAGUAGUGACUCUGCAUCUUGUUAAGUUGUUCCAUUAGCAUGUUUUUAUAUUCAGCACAUGCUGUAAGUGUAUUUUGUGUUACUGUAGCAUCAUCUUUCAAAUUCAGAUGUUAUGAAAACAGAUUUCUGUGGUAUAAAAUACUUUACUCUUUA